AUGGAUGAACUCAACGUAUUAUUUAAAGGUAUUCGUGAAGAUGACGUCAACAUUAUUAAAAAAUAUCUCAAGAUUGACCACAACAAGGUGAAUUUGGUCGAUCAAUUUGGUUGCAGUUGUGUGCAUAUAGCUGCUAAAUACGAAAGUUUAGAAUCGUUGAAAUAUUUGCUGACUUUGAAAGAAACCGAAAUUAAUAUUAAAAACAAGCUUGGGGAAACGCCGUUAUUAUAUGCCCUUAAACAUAAUGAUUCUGUUGAAAUUAUAGUUACUUUAAUAAAUAAUAAAUGUGAUGUAACUUUAAGUGAUAAUAACCAAAAUACUGCGUUGCAUUUAGCCGCUUCGAAAAACAUAAAAAUUGGGCGAUUAUUAAUCGAAAAGGGGGUGGAUAUCAACAUGGAAGGUUUAUAUAAAUCAACACCUUUACAUUGUGCUGUGUUAGCUGGAAAUGUUGAAUUCGGUCGAUUACUAAUUGAAAAUGGAGCUAACAUCGAUGCUAAAGAUAUUGAUGGAAAAACGGCGCUGCACAAAGCCGUCUGGCAACAAAACGUCGAAUUCGUGAAGAUGCUUUUAUAUUACAAUGCUUCCGUAAACAUAACCGAUAAAUUCAAAAAUAAACCCUUUAAUAUUGCUGUUAGUGUUAAUAACAACGAAAUAGCCACAAUUUUAAUUGAUUACAUUGAAGUAUUUGGGGAUGCAAAAGAAUCCAUGAAAUUAUUGGUAUCUGCUAUUUCUAAAAAUAUGCACAUAGCGUUUAAUAUUGCCAACAAAAUACAAAUAGGAAAUAUCGAAAACGAGGAUUUAAUUAUUUUUAAACCAAUUUACUCUUGUUUUAUGCGCACCAAUGAUAGUUUAAAAUGGGUUCGAAUACUAUUGAGUAAACAAAUUCCCAUUAAAUUAUUUGAUAUUCAAUGUUUUUAUGAUUUUAAAGGUUUUUGUGUGGAAAUCGAACUUAUUUUAGCAUCAGAUGUGUAUGUUAUUUUUGAUAACUAUUGCGGAGAAUUUGUUCAGCGAUUAGUGUUUAAUUGUUAUAUAAAUCAAAAUGAAUCUGAUCAGAACGAAAAAAAUAAAUUGAAACAUUAUUUUGUCGAAAGAAAAUGUGUGCCUAGUUUAAUGCAAAUUGCUCGAGAUUAUUGCCGAAAAAUUAUUUUUGAUAAUCAGCGCAAAAAUAAUUUUAAACCUCAUCAUAUUAUCAUGGAAAUGGAUGUACCUAAAAUAGUUAAAGAUGUUUUAUUAUUAAAACGACCGAUAUAUUUAUUCUGUAAAUGA